GAAACAUCGGUGAAAAGUGGUGUCGAUAGAGUUCAGAAAGUGUGUGUCGCUGCCAACUUGGAUGGUUGUUUUGAAUGUUUAUGUUUGACGCUAUGGCGUCAAAAGCACUCUUGAAGAAGAAGAAGGAAUCGGGGGACCAACUGCGGCUUCUGGAGAGCGGACUGGCCGUGCCUCCUAAAGAAGUCAAACGACACCCAGUAGAAAACUGUCCGACGUUUUGGGUGCAGUACCUUGGUAAAAUGCCCGCCAAGGGGGAAUUUGGGAAAGAGUUCGUCACUGAGCCAGUGGAAACAUUAUGUAAACUGCGUGAAAAACAGAAAUUGCCAAAAACAGCACUGACAAUAUCACCAAAAGGUUUCUAUUUCAUGGACUGUCAUGGCCCGUUCGGCAAGGAAAAACAUGUUAUCAUACCAAUUCACCUAGUGUGUUACGGGAUAGCGGAUGCCCAGUAUCCUCGUGUGUUCGCUGUGAUAACACGCACGGACUCCGACCCAGACAGCAGCCUGUUCGAGUGCCAUGCUUUUCUGUGCGAGAAACGGAAGAUUGCACAAUUGAUAACCUACUGGUUGUUGCGAACGCUGUUACGGGUGUUUGAAAAUUUACAGCGAAAACGUCAUCACCGGAAAAGGCGAGAAAGGCGAAGAUUGGAGUCACAGAUGCGUUUGAACUCUUCUGGCUCGGAAACGACAUCUUCUAAAUCGUCUGCCGAAUUGAAUCCCCAGUCUCACCCCAGUAGCGAGUAUGUUUAUUCGGUGAUACUGGAAGGGUCUGGGGAACAAGGUGCGUCUGUACGAAUCUCUCGAGACCGGAGACGAACUCCGGCAUAUUUUGCGAAAGACGUAAGCCGCGGCCAACUUGAAGCGGGGCUUGAAGCGUCCAACUCUCCCACCGGGGAACCACCUGUUGAACCAGAACCCAGUAUGUUUGAUGCUGUACCAAAGGCACAUGUUGUGAGACCUUUGCGUUAUGUGUCUGGAGCCACCUCGGAAAUAGACGAAAUCAAUAAUCCCCGCUAUUUCAAAUUCCGAAAAAAGUCCCAGCCGAGAACCCCAAUUUACGAGCGGACCUUUUCAAUGGACUGCGAUGCUAUGUCGACCAUUGCUUCGCGAUCCAGUGGCGGCAGCGGAUCGUUCUCUGAAAGUUCGGCGUGUGACAGCUCCAUAUCUGACAAUUCGACCGGGAGCAAUGGCGAAAAGGAUUUUGUUUUCAUUAGAAUGCUGCAAGACGAGAUCAGUUCCCUUGACAUCGAGACUGAAACGAAGGAGAGCGACGCAAACCGAACUUCAAAACAAAUCGCACACGAUCUUGGUGUCUCGAGCAGGUUGACCGAUAAAGACGUUCAUCGACGAAUUCAAGACUGGUUGCGUUUGACGCUGAAGCCUGAUGACGACGAAGAAAGGUGUGAAAAGCAGAGAACAAGAACUCCAAAUGAACCAACGGAAGUCAAAGUUUUAGCGUCAACGGGAGAUUAUUUUUGA